GACUAGAGCGCCCUUCAAUUCUCAGUGAGAAUGCUCCGGUGCUUUGGUGGUGGCUCAGGUGGCCAGCUUUCCAAAGCUUCCAAGGCCUCGUCUGGUGCACCGCGACCAACACCACGGGACAGCUGUGAAAGCGCUGUUAUCGAGGCGCGCAUUAGUAGCGAACGAACAAUUACAGAGCAAGCUUCGCUUCAAACAGCAGUAUCAGCACAAGUGAACGAAGCGCCCAUUAUACGUGCACCCAGUAGCGACGGUCCACCCUCGGCGGACGCUGUGGCGCACCCUCCGCCGCAGCACGCCCCGUCACCGUCCAACAGGCUGCCAAAGGCCGCCAGCACCGAUGCCGGCGGCACUAGUGAACCACAACCACCACCAGCACCUGCGUCAGAACCAGCACCAGCAGCAGCAACACCUGCAGCUGCUGCUGCGCCGGCUGUUGCCGCACAGGUGGACUGCAGGCAGCCGCCUGCAGCUGCGAGCACAUCGGAGCAGCCUGCCAGUCCAGCACCGCGCUCUGCGUCACCCGCUGUCGCUGCUCCUGCUGCUCCCGCUGCUCCUGCUGCUGUCAGCGCCACUGGCGCAGGCACAAGCGCGGCUCCGCGCGGCGCGGCCUUCGAGGAGGCGCCCCUGAAGCAGUCAUCUGCUCUCUCAGCAGCCGCCUCGUCAUCACAACCCGCACACCACGGCCUGGCCGCGUCACCCCUCAUCAAGGACAUGAGCCCGGAGAGCGUCAGCACCUGCAACCCCGUAAAGAUUAUGGAGGGGGUGCGGCUGCAGCCUCGGGAGCUAGGGCGCGGCAGCUUUGGCGUGGUGGUGCUGGGCAGCUUUCACGGCCAGGCGGUGGCGGUCAAGGUGAUGCUCACCAGUGGGCUGGACCGAUCCGCGCUGCGGGAGCUGCUGCUGGCGCCUUCGCUCGUGCACCCCUGCCUGGUCAUGACGUACACGAGCCGGUGUGCUGAGGUCACGCACGAGUUCUUUGACUUCUUAGAGGGGGCGCGGAAUGUGAGCGGUAUCACUCACGACACCAGCCAGCCGCGCACCCUGUUGCCGGCGCCGUUCAUCUCGGGGGACGGCUUCGGUGACCCCGACCACCACAUGCGGGGCUGCGGCCUGGACCCCAUGUUCCUUCUGCACCAAAUCCUACACGACCUGCGGGCCACUACUGGGCAGAUGCUGGUGCUGACGGUGCAGGAGUACUGCAGCAAGAACACACUCCUGAACGCAAUAUCCAAGGGGGUCUUCCGGGAAGGAGAGCGCUGGGACGGGCGCGUGGCGCUGCGGGCGCUGCUCCGGACUGCGUCCGAGGUAGCGCGCGGCUUGUGGCACCUGCACGACAACGGCAUCGUGCAUGGCGACAUCAAACCGGCAAACAUCCUGCUGGCCUCCUCCGGGGAAGACCGGCGCGGCUUCACAGCCAAGCUGGCGGACUUCGGCCUGGCCCACCUGCUGCCCACUGCCGCCAACAGCAUCAGCACUGAGGCCUUUGGCUCAGUGGCGUACAUGGCGCCGGAGUCCUUCAACGGCAAGGUCGGCCGCGCCACCGACAUUUACAGCUUCGGCGUGACACUGUGGCAGAUGCUGACGGGCGCGCUGCCGUUCCGCGGCAUGAAGCCAGCUCAAGUGGUAGCGGGCGUGCAGAGCGGCAAGCUGCAGCUGGUGUGGCCGGAUGUGCCGCCCAUGGCGCGGCGGCUGGUGGCGGUGGGCCGGCGCUGCGUGGCGCACAAGCCAGGCGACCGGCCCUCCGCCGGGCAGCUUCUGGAGGAGUUGACCACCACAGAGAGGGACCUACGCAGCCUCGCUCCGGGCGCGCCGCCGCAGCAGCGCAGCUUCCCUCCGUCCACGGACCAGUCGGGCUCCUCGAGGUGCUCCUCGUCCGCGAGCACGGCGGCUGCCGCGGCUGCUGUGAGUUACGCGGUCGUGCCGCAGCAGGUGGCGUGGCAGCAGCUGCAGGCGGGGGUCGGGGACGCGCCGCACCCACCGUACCAGCCGGUGGCGGGCUCGGAGCCGCGCCUGCCCAUGGCGGUACCGCUAUCGCAGCACACACCUGCCGGGCGUGCGGCUGUGUACGCAGGCCCGCGCUAUACGUGACCGCAGCAGGAGGGUCUGGGCGUUACUGCAGCAGCAGAACGCGUCACUUGACAGCGGUAAGGUUCACACGCGAGAAGGACCGACGGAAGGUGGACCACGGGUGGACUUGGUCAGGGUAUGGUUGGACGUAAGGUCACUUCGUGUGCCCAUGCCCGCGUCUUGCCGACUUGUAUGUCAGAUUAGCCAGAUACGGACGGACAAGUCUGGAGCAUGCAAGGCAAGUCCACAGCGACAUGGCACACAUUAUGACCUGCCGGCGCACCCAAUAUGGGUGAUUGACAUGUACAGUAUAAUUGCUGUCGUUAAAUGCAUGCAUUUUUGUUUUCGGAGCGUCCAGCCGCUGUGCUUCCCGCCAGCGGGCCGUUUUAUAGUGAGAGCAGGAACAGGCAUGACAGACCUUGUGCAUCAAUUUGGAUGUCGGCCUCCGUGGGGACACGGAGGGCCUGCUGGCAAACCCUAGCUCACGUGGCGGUUACACUGUGCUAUAUGGCAUUAUGUAUGGCGAGUUCUAUCUACUUGUCUGUCCGACGUGACCUCCUUCUUGUUUCACCCUAUAACUGUGUCAAUGCGCUAGCUUCUUGCAUUAAUUAUUUGUGUAGAGCAUGUUAUAGUUGGAGAGCGAAGACUUCUGGUACUGCAAUUGGCAUGGCUGAAAGGAGGGACAGACCGCAUGCUGUGCACCUUGGGAAGCGCACGUAGCGGGCUGUGACGCCCUAGAGCGGCACUUCCGUUGAGCCGCACGCACGAGGCCGUUGGUUGCUAGGGCCCUAACGAAUGCGCUCGCAAGGCUGCAAUCAUGAUAAUUUAUAUAGGUUUCAAGGAUUGUGGGCGGUUGAUUUACAAAGUUUUUGGGCUGAGCCCCAAGAGCGAAGCGAUCAGGUGGGGCGCAGCCCCCCAGGAUCAAACCUGUCCGUGCGGACCUGCGCCAGCAAAAAGUAUCAUGCUGGCGCGAACCGCGGCUGCCACGUUUUAAUAUUUGCUAUUGCCCUCUAUUGCAAGGGGCGGUUGUGGCACGCGGACGACAGCACGUGGGGUGUUGUGUGACUCAACUGCCAGCACAGAUCCAUGCCAAACCAAAACCAUUCCCAGUGUACCACCUGGGGUACCAAAACGGCUCGGGGCCCACCAUCCCCACUAAUCCACUAUUUUCAACCGCCCGUGCAUCCGCCCGUGCAACCGCCCGUGCGCCGGUGCGCGCAACAUGUCUGUCACUCUCCGAGCCACAUGACGGUCUGACAGUGGCAACUGGCAAUUAUCUGGGAGGUGCUGCACCAUGUAUUCGCAUUCGAUGGUCUCUGUGAGCUUGCACACUCAGAUUGUCCCCACAAACACAUAGUAGGCCUGUGCGGUUUGCGGAGUCCUAUGUUUGCGCUGUUCUAUGCUAGCCAUACACAAAGAGUCUACACCUACACUGAACUCAACUUGUCGGUACAGUAACUCCGGCGUCCGACCAGCCAUGCACUCCUGCUCUGCCGCUGCAAACUGUUUGCUGUCUGCUUGGGGUAUGGGCGAAAGCUGCACCCUAUGGGACCUCGCCAACCUGCCUGAACCCUGUCCCAUCACACACCUACACUGAACUCAAACGGAGGCUAAUGCACGAAGCUCCAGGGCAGAGGCAUGGGGGAGGCCAACUUCAUCCCCCCCCCCGCCAGCCUGUGAAGACCGACAGUCUAGCCGUCUAGGUGUUAUGGUCGUAUUAUGGUCGAGCUCUAACGCGUCACGAAACCAGACGAAGUGCUGGUGCUGGCUGGGUGUGUCUGUAUGGUGUUGGUGUGUUGUCGCGCUCGGUGGCGGCCCUUGUGUGUCGGCAUGGGGGCUGGCCGGCGUGGAGCAGGGAGGCUGGCCGGCUUGGGGUCGCGCUAGCGCGCCGUUGUGGUGAGGCGUGGGACUGCGUGGAAGUUGGGAGACUGGCAAAUCGACCCCGGCUAUGUUCAGGAGAUGAGGCAGUUUUGAAACCUUCGGCCUCAGACAUUGCACCAACAUGGCGUGGGCGCAGCCCACUUUUCCCUUGUCCCAGGGGGAGAGCCAUCUGUCUUGUCUUCCCCUGGCUGCCUGGCAGCGUUGCACGGCGAUGGUGUCCGCACAAGGCGACAGGCAACUUCGAAUCGACACUUGCCAU